AUGGUCGUCACCAAAUUCAUGAACUCCAUCAUGUAUGACGGCAAGAAAUCCACCGCCGAGCGCAUCGUAUACGGUGCUUUCGACGUGGUCGAGAACAAGACCCGCGAGAACCCGAUCGAGGUUUUCCAUGCGGCUCUUGAAAAUGUCAUGCCGCAAGUGGAAGUCCGCUCCCGCCGUGUUGGUGGUGCGACCUACCAGGUCCCGGUCGAGGUCCGCAACGAGCGCCGUCAGGCUCUUGCGAUCCGCUGGUUGAUUACCGCCGCGCGCAACCGCAACGAAACCACAAUGGUUGACCGCCUGUCCGGCGAGCUGCUCGAUGCUGCAAACAACCGUGGUACCGCAGUUAAGAAGCGUGAAGAUACGCACCGGAUGGCAGACGCCAACCGCGCGUUCUCGCACUACCGCUGGUAA